CUGUCCUUGAAUCCAACAACAUGCUCUCGAAAUUACAGUAUAUAUAUUAGAGUUAGUUUGGUUGUUCUCCCUCCCACUGCAAGAUUUCAUAAAGCAUCUAUUAUUCAUCCAUCAUGCUCUCAAAAUCAAUAUUCCUACAACCUUCUUGUGUUGCUAUGAGAAUGUUGUUUACUACUACUACUACGCUACUUCCUCCCUUUCUUUACCUUUUCAUUUUUGUCUGCUUGUCUUCUUCGUCUUCUUGUGCUUUCACACAAAGAGUUGCAGCUAAAAACAACAUGAUAAGGUGUAUUGAGAGGGAGAGGCUUGCUCUUCUGGAUUUCAAACAAGGCCUUGUGGAUGAGUAUGGAGUUCUGUCUUCUUGGGGAAGUGAUGAUAUUGAAUGUUGCAAUUGGUGGGGUGUUCACUGCAACAACACCACUGCUCAUGUAACCAAGCUUGAUCUUCAUGCCCACUUCGAUAAUUAUGGUUCCCCAGUUGGACUGAGUGGCCACAAGGUUAGUCCAUCUCUACUUGAGCUGAAGCAUUUGAAUUAUUUGGACCUCAGUUUCAAUGAUUUUCAAGGGAGUCCUAUCCCUGGAUUCAUUGGUUCCUUUAAGAGAUUACGUGUGUUGAGUCUUAUGAAUGCCGGGUUCAGUGGUACAAUUCCUCCACAACUUGGGAACCUUACCAAUCUUGGAGUUCUAAAUAUUUCUGAAUAUUAUUAUUCUUCAAAUUUGAAAAUAAAAAAUAUUGAGUGGCUCUCUCUUCUUUCCUCUCUAAGAUCCAUUUAUCUCAGUGGUGUUGACAUUGAGUCAUCAAAAACCAGUGUCACCCUCCCUCCUUUCCUUGAGAAAUUACAGUUGCCAUUCUGCGAACUCCAUGGGUCUUUGCCGCCUUUCUCGCUUAAUUCUUCUUCUCCAUUUCUUUCCGUUGUUGAUUUUUCUUACAACAAUAUCAAUACUUCUUCGGUAUCCCACUUGUUGCGCAAUGCAAGCAAAAAACUCACUACCAUCGACCUCUCAGGAAAUUACUUUGCAGAUACCAUUCCUGAUGGAGACAUGGAAAUUCUUGAGAACCUUUAUCUUGAUUCUGUUAUCACGGAGGAUGCUGGAAUUCCAAAAUCUUUUUGGAAUUUAACUCAUCUACGAAUUUUAUCUUUGCGUACUAAUUUUCAAUUAAAUGCGUCAAUUGCUGAACUUUUCCAAAAGUUGCUCAAGGAUGCAGACAAGUCUCUACAAAUCUUAGACUUAACUGAGAGUAAAUUCACUGGUGAACUCCCUGCAGAUAUCAACACCAGAUUUACAUCUUUGAGAGAAUUGCGCGCACCUUUCAACCAGCUGAAUGGAUCAAUCUUCAGACUACCUUCAAGUCUUGAAUAUUUAGAUUUGUCCUACAAUCAAAUUACAGGACAAAUUCCUGAUCUAUUACAUGUUUUGUCCUUAAGAGAGGUAUAUCUCUCUGAAAAUCAAAUUACAGGACAAAUUCCUUGUCUAUCACAUGUCUUGUCCUUAAGAGUGCUAGAUCUCUCUCAAAAUCAAAUUACAGGACAAAUUCCUGAUCUAUCACAUGCUUUGUCCUUAAGAAGGCUAGAUGUUUCUGAAAAUCAAUUGCAAGGGGGCUUACCAGAGACUAUAGGGAAGCUAUCAAAGCUUGAAGAAUUGCAUGCCUCAUCAAACCUGUUAGAAGGAGAUGUAACUGAAACCCACUUCUCAAACCUUACCAACCUUCUACUCUUGGAUUUAUCCAAUAAUGUAGCCUUGUCUUUCAAUUUGAGCAGUAAUUGGAUUCCUCCUUUUCAACUAAGAUCUUUAUCUUUGGCAAAGUGCAAAGUAGGGCCUCAAUUUCCAAAAUGGUUACAAACUCAGAGCAAAUUAUUUGAAGUUGAUAUUUCGUCUGGAGGUAUUUCCGGUAUAAUACCCAAUUGGUUUUGGAACAUGUCCAAGAGUUACCGGUCCUUGAAUUUGUCAUACAACAACAUUGGUGGGAGAUUGCCGCAUUUCUUACCUCCUAUCAUUGAUUUGAGUUCAAAUAUAUUUUGGGGUCCGAUACUCAUAAAUCCUCAAGAAGCUUCAAUACUUCAUCUCUCAAAUAAUAAGUUUGUUGGGUCAAUUUCCUUCUUAUGCUCAAUUAGCUCAGCUACUUCUAUUGAUCUUUCAUAUAAUCAACUCUCUGGUGAGAUUCCUGAUUGUUGGAAUAAGAGUUUUGUUUUUGAUUUGUCUGUUCUCAACCUUGCAAAUAAUCGUUUCUCAGGGAAGAUUCCACACUCUUUAGGCUCCCUAUUACUACUUGAGUCAUUGCACUUGCGAAACAACAACCUUAUUGGGGAAUUGCCUUCCUCACUUCAAAAUUGCACAUCAUUGAGUGUUGUUGAUUUUGGAGGAAAUAAGUUUACAGGAAGAAUUCCAUCAUGGAUUGGGGGAUCUUUGAAAAAUUUGCUCAUUGUUAGCCUUCGACAUAACAAGUUCUACGGGAAAGUGCCUUCAAGUAUUUGCCAUCUCAAAAGCAUACACAUCUUGGAUCUUUCUAAAAACAAAUUGACUGAGAAAAUUCCACUGUGCUUCAACAAUUUUACUUAUUUGAUGCAAGCCAGCAGUUCUGUUGGGAGUACUAUGCAAAAGCUAUUGUUGAACAGUACAUCAUUUCAAGGAGGAAAUGAUUACUAUAUAGACAAUAUUUUGAUUCAGUGGAAAAACCAAGAGUGGGAAUAUAGGAAGCAAUUGGGACUCUUAAAAGUUAUUGAUCUUUCGAGCAAUCGAUUGAUUGGAGAUGUUCCUGAAGAACUUUAUACUCUCAAGGGAUUAAUUUUGUUAAACCUCUCAAAUAAUCAUUUGACGGGGAAAAUCUUUGUGACAAUUUAUCAGAUGGAAAAUUUAGAGGUCCUUGAUUUAUCUCAGAAUCAACUCUCAGGUGAAAUUCCAGUUGGCCUAGCUCGUUUGAAUUAUCUUGAUGUUCUUGAUUUGUCGAACAACUUCUUGUCGGGCAAAAUCCCAACCGGCACUCAAUUGCAAAGCUUCAAUGUUUCUUCCUAUGCGGGAAAUAUUGGACUAUGUGGGGACCCACUUCCCAAAUGUUCGGCAAAUGUUCCUCCCCAACAUAAUAAAAUCAAUGACUACCAAGAAAGUGAUACUUUUCUAGACAGGGGGUUUUACAUAUCGAUGGUGUUGGGAUUCUCUCUUAGCUUUUGGGGAAUUGUGGUCACUUUGGUGCUCAAAAACUCAUGGAAAACUGCCUACUAUGAGUUCUUGAAUGAUGUCAAAGAUUGGCUCUACGUGAAAGUGAAAAUAUAUUUGGGCAGGCUACAACAAAAGCUUAGGCGCACAAGAUGAUUCAAUUAAUGAGUGACAAGAGAUUGAUUAUGUGCAAACUGGGAAUGAAUAAUAUGUGCAACAUCACACACCAUUUGGAUGGAGCAUUCUGUUUGAAGCUAUGUACCUUUCUUUCCUCCCGUUGUUUUGUA